AUGGCGCCUCCUAUCACCAUUGUGCCGUCUCUCGAGACCGCUAAAGCUGCGAUCAACCAGUCAAAGAACUCGGAAUUCCCUCCCAACCUCCUUCCACUUACCUCGUCUAUUCCGGCUGAUCUUUUGACGCCGACACUUGCUUACUUGAAGCUCGCCGAAAAAUCGAAAUUGUCAUUCCUUUACGAGAGUGCUGCGACAACGGAAACUAUUGGAAGAUACAGCUUUGUUGGUGCAGACCCCCACACUGUUCUCAAGACAGGUCCUGGCCAUGGCCCCGAAAGCGACCCUCUUCCGAUCCUCGAGGAGAAACUCUCGAAAUUCCGCGUUGCGUCGGUACCCGGAUUGACUCUCCCUCCGCUCACGGGUGGUGCGAUCGGCUACGUGGGAUACGACUGCGUCAAGUACUUUGAGCCCAAGACCGCGCGUCCACUCAAGGAUGUUCUCGAGAUUCCGGAGUCGCUUUUCAUGCUGUUCAACACGAUUGUGGCCUUUGACCAUUUCUUCCAAGUUGUCAAGGUCGUCACCUACAUCCCGAUUACCGGUGACGACGCGGAACUUGACGCCAACUACAAACAUGGGCAAACAGUCAUUCAGCGCAUUGUCGAUACCCUCCAGCGCCCAGAUACCCCUCUGCCUCCGCAGGCUCCGAUUAUCCAGAACCAGGAGUACACUUCCAACAUCGGGCGCGAAGGUUACGAGCGUCACGUCGUGCGACUGAAGGAACAUAUUGCCAAGGGUGACAUCUUUCAGACCGUCCCAUCGCAGCGUUUGUCUCGCCCGACCUCUCUUCAUCCGUUCAACCUUUUCCGCCAUCUCCGCACUGUGAACCCGUCUCCUUACCUCUUCUACAUUGACUGCGAAGACUUCCAGCUAGUAGGAGCCAGUCCGGAGCUUCUGGCCAAGGAAGAAAAGGGCCGCAUCAUCACCCACCCCAUUGCUGGAACAGUCAAGCGUGGAAAGACCGCCGAAGAGGAUGAAGCGCUUGCCGAGGAACUACGCACUAGCUUGAAGGAUCGCGCAGAGCACGUCAUGCUGGUGGAUCUAGCGCGCAACGAUGUCAACCGCGUCUGUGACCCAUUGACUACCCAAGUUGAUCGCUUGAUGGUUGUUGAGAAGUUCUCCCACGUCCAGCAUCUUGUCUCACAAGUCUCCGGUAUUUUGCGACCCGAGAAGACCCGCUUUGACGCCUUCCGCUCCAUUUUCCCCGCAGGCACGGUCUCUGGAGCACCGAAAGUGCGAGCCAUGCAGUUGAUUGCGGAACUGGAGGGCGAGAAGCGAGGCGUCUACGCUGGUGCAGUCGGUUACUUUGGGUACAACAUUGCCUCCGCUGAUGGGUCCAAGGAGAUUCCUGGUGCGAUGGACACCUGUAUUGCUCUGCGUACCAUGAUGGUCAAGGACGGCGUCGCGUAUCUGCAAGCGGGUGGUGGCAUCGUCUUUGAUUCAGACCCUUACGACGAGUAUGUGGAGACUUUGAACAAGCUGGGUGCGAACAUUGCUUGUAUCAAGGGAGCGGAGGAAAAAUAUCUCAGCAUGGAGAGUAAAAACUAG